AUGUCCAAGGCGCGAGGAGGUGCGGCUGUCGACCAGAUCGUCAAGCUCGUCGUCGGAGCAGGGCAGGCGAGCCCGAGUCCGCCUGAGUUCAACGCAAGGACGGGACACAUCAAUCCGGGCACGCCACUGCCCGUGCGGGUCACCGUCAGACCGGACCGGACAUUCCACUUCGAGGUGCGGACGCCACAGACAUCCUGGCUGCUCCUCAACGCCGCAGACGCGCCGAUGGGCAAGAAAGGCAGGAGGAAGGGAGCCGCGAAGCCAGGCCACGAGGUCGCUGGCACCGUCAGCCUGAAGCACGUCUACGAGAUCGCGAAGGUCAAGCAGUCCGAGCUGCGGCUGUCCGGCCUGUCCCUCGAGGGGCUCUGCAAGUCUAUCAUCUACCAGGCUAGGUCGAUAGGAAUCAACGUGGUGGCAUGA